AUGAGGGCAUCAUCAUCAUCAUCAUCAUCAUCAUCAUCAUCAUCAUCAUCAUCAUCAUCAUCAUCAUCAUCAUCAUCAUCAUCAUCAUCAUCAUCAUCAUCAUCAUCAUCAUCAUCAUCAUCAUCAUCAUCAUCAUCAUCAUCAUCAUCAUCAUCAUCAUCAUCAUCAUCAUCAUCAUCAUCAUCAUCAUCAUCAUCAUCAUCAUCAUCAUCAUCAUCAUCAUCAUCAUCAUCAUCAUCAUCAUCAUCAUCAUCAUCAUCAUCAUCAUCAUCAUCAUCAUCAUCAUCAUCAUCAUCAUCAUCAUCAUCAUCAUCAUCAUCAUCAUCAUCAUCAUCAUCAUCAUCAUCAUCAUCAUCAUCAUCAUCAUCAUCAUCAUCAUCAUCAUCAUCAUCAUCAUCAUCAUCAUCAUCAUCAUCAUCAUCAUCAUCAUCAUCAUCAUCAUCAUCAUCAUCAUCAUCAUCAUCAUCAUCAUCAUCAUCAUCAUCAUCAUCAUCAUCAUCAUCAUCAUCAUCAUCAUCAUCAUCAUCAUCAUCAUCAUCAUCAUCAUCAUCAUCAUCAUCAUCAUCAUCAUCAUCAUCAUCAUCAUCAUCAUCAUCAUCAUCAUCAUCAUCAUCAUCAUCAUCAUCAUCAUCAUCAUCAUCAUCAUCAUCAUCAUCAUCAUCAUCAUCAUCAUCAUCAUCAUCAUCAUCAUCAUCAUCAUCAUCAUCAUCAUCAUCAUCAUCAUCAUCAUCAUCAUCAUCAUCAUCAUCAUCAUCAUCAUCAUCAUCAUCAUCAUCAUCAUCAUCAUCAUCAUCAUCAUCAUCAUCAUCAUCAUCAUCAUCAUCAUCAUCAUCAUCAUCAUCAUCAUCAUCAUCAUCAUCCUCAUCAUCAUCAUCAUCAUCAUCAUCAUCAUCAUCAUCAUCAUCAUCAUCAUCAUCAUCAUCAUCAUCAUCAUCAUCAUCAUCAUCAUCAUCAUCAUCAUCAUCAUCAUCAUCAUCAUCAUCAUCAUCAUCAUCAUCAUCAACUUUCUGUUUCAUUCAUUGUUUUUGA